AAAAGAUCAAAUGGCAUCAAGAAUGUUCAACGCGGGAGUGAACGAGGGACAAUCAACCACAAGGCCACCGUUGUUCGAUGGAACCAACUACUCGUAUUGGAAGGAGAGGAUGAGAAUCUUUAGCCAAUCUAACGACUACAAGCUGUGGUUGAUUGUGAAGAACGGCUGCGGAGUCCCUAUGAAGAAAGUCGGUGAAGUCAACGUCCCCAAAACAGAAGAGGAGUUCAUUGACGAAGAUUGCAAAAAGAUGGAGCUCAACGCAAAGGCAAUAAACAUGAUUUAUUGCGGUGUUAACGCGGAUGACUACCGCAAAACCUCGCGGUGUGAAACCGCAAAACAAAUUUGGGAAAAAUUGGAGGUCACCUACAAAGGAACCGCGCAGACAUACACCGACCGAGAGCUCGUGAGAAAGGUGUUGCGAAGUCUAUUCCCCAAAUGGCGUUCAAAGGUGGACGCAAUCGAAGAAGGUCGUGACUUCCAAACAACGACCUAUGAUGCUCUUCGAGGUAAUCUUAUUACCUACGAAACCACCCAACUCUCAAAGGUGGUUGAAGAGAGGAACAAGAGGUCUAUUGCUCUACCCGCAACAACAUCAACCCACAACAACGCUGAUGAUGAAGAUGAUGACAGCGACGACACCGACCUCGGACUCUUUGUCCGAAAAUUCAAGAAGAUGAUGCUCAAGAAGGGAGCCAAGAAGAACACUCCACCCAAAUGCUAUGGGUGUGGUGAAAUUGGACACAUCAAACCAAUGUGCCUAAAGCUCAAGAACGAGAAGGACAAGAGGGCACCGAAGAAGCAACGUGCCUACAUUUCUUGGGAGAACGACGGCUCCGGGAGUGAAGACUCGGAAACGGAGGAAGUGGCCAACUUCUGUCUCAUGGCCAUUGAAGAUGGUGAUACAUCAAAAGAGGAGAUCGUCUCUCCUAAGAUCGUGAACAAGGACCUCUUCAAAUCGGCGACCUAUGCCCCGAGUAAGUCUCUUUUCCUUCAGCAAGUACUGGAAGCUAAGGAUAGGGAAGGAGGGAAUCUUGUCAUAGAUCAUGAAAUGAAAGACUUUAAAGAGUGUGUGUUAGAGAGUGGUCUGGAAGAAAUGCCUUGGGUAGGUCCCUAUUACACCUGGUCAAACAAACAAAAGCCUGAUAAGAGGACAUGGUCAAAGCUUGAUAGAGCAUUGUCUAAUGAUAUAUGGAUGAUUAAAUUCAGCAAUAUGUGGUUAGAUGACCCAGGCAUGACACAAAUCAUGAUGAGGGUAUGGAGAACAGAUGGAAACAACAAGAACAUGUAUCAGCUAGUUCAGAACCUGAAAGGUCCUUUAAGAAGAUUGCACAAAGACAAAUAUAGAGAUAUCCAUAAACAAACAGAUGAAGCCAGAGAGAAGUUACUGCAGUUACAAAAAGAGAUGAAACUGAUGCAGCCGCCCUCAACCCCCCUCAGUCGUUCAGCCGCGCCUUCUAUCGUCGUCGUCCUCGCCGCGCUGCGCCAGCGCUCAUCGCCCUCGCCGCCGCCGCCGCCGCCGGCAGUGUUAGCCCACGCCGCGCCAAAUCCCUCGACCGUCAGCCGUCCAGCCGUGCCAGCCCUCGACGCCCUCGCCGCCGCCGCCCUCAACCGAGUUCCCUCGCCACCACUCGCCANCGACCGCCAGUCUUCCCCGCCGGUCCUCUUUGCCGUGAAUUUCAAGAUGGAGACCCUCUUCUUGCCAGGGAUCGCUGGCAUGUCGUGGCGCAAAGUCUCAGAGACGACGAAGGAGUUCUACUAUCGAGAGUUCAAGAAAAAUGCUCGAGUGGAUCCGUCAAUCGAUGAGGGCAGACUCAGGAAAGCUUUUCUCAAGAAAGCUGCUGAACAGUACGCGAAUUUUACGUACAAUCAAAGGAACCCAAGUCGAUUGAAGAAGAAGAAGAAGGACCCGAGGCCAUUUGAGCAGUUGAAGAAGGCUAAGAAGAAAGGGGGGCCUGUGCCGUUGGAUGAGGUUAUCAUCCACGCAAAGACAAAGAAACACGACGGCAAGACUUGGGUUGAUCCGGAACAUGCUGAGCUACAGGCUCAAUUCUUCGAACUGCGCGAGGAGGCUAGACAGAAAGGGCUACAAGUCACCGACCAAGAAAUAUGGUACUCGCUAGUCGAGGGCCAUAACGCGAAGAACCGCGUUCCUGGAGUUGGUGACUACGAGCGAGAAAUGAGGAAAAUGAAUCCGUCUUCCAAACCUCGCCGUUCCAGCACGAGUAGCAGCAGCGCAGUGGAGAUGGCAGCACUUAAAGAACAUAACCAAAGGCUGCAAGAACAAAUUGAUAAUCUAACCUCGAGCUUAUCGCUGACGAUUCAUAAGGAGAUAAGAAAGCUAUAUGGUGGUAACCUUCCUCAAUGAGGCGAUGAUGAUGGAACGGGAGGGGCAGGGCAGCCCGGAAUUUGUUGAGACCUUUACGACCUUAGCUUCCUCUUGAACACUUGACACUGACACUUAGUUUUCAUUGUUAGAUUAUAAUGAAUUAUGUUACAUUCG